UGCGACCAGACAGCAAGUCACAGUCAUGAGUGUAGUGAGUCGACAUUUUUCAUCCUCCCUGCUGCUCGUGCGCACCACGAUCACCUGCGACGGCCACGCACAUCCAGCUGGGGAUUCGUCUGCUCAAUAAACAACAUGAUAGCUUCAUCGAAAAGGAGCCAGCUUUACGGGGCGUGUCUGCUCGCAGCCAUCAGCCUGCUAGCAGGACGCGCAUCCAGCGAGUCUCCUGCUCCCUCUUACUUCCUCGACGAAGCUCUGAUCAAGAGGGAUUCCAUCCCGGGUCUGCGCGCACCGUCACCGCACGUCGAUCUCAGACCACCUCGGCAUGCCAGGCACGGUUCUUGGGAGAAUGCGGUCAAGAGGAGUCAGCAGAGAGCAGAGAGGAGGAGGAGAGUGGGGGCUGCUUCGAGGGACAGACCGUCGAGCAGCGAUGUCAACAUGAACGACAAGGUUCAGGAACUUGGGCAUCUUGGAGAUGCAUACAACGCACCCGUAAACAUGUCGAAUCCGGCUCAACUGGUAUUUGUGGAGCUGGACACUGGCUCUGCAGAUUUAUGGGUCGUCUCAUCGUCGUGCAACAACCAACAGUGUCAAGCGCAAGAUCUGUUCAAGUUUGACGAAACGGCUAGCGGGACUUAUCGUCAACUUGCAGUAGGAUCCAGCGUCAAUGUCAACACAACUUCGGGCAGCACAAGUACUGCAUCCAAUGGUACUCUGUCCAAUGGCGAGCAGCGUGCAGCGCGAGCAGAAAGCGAAGAUGCUCCGACUGGAGACCGCGACGAUGAGGGCUCCGAAAGUGUGCAACGCCGCGCGCCUAACCGGCGUCCUGGUCUUGGCUUGUUGCGCAUGUUUGCCGCCGCUCCAAGUAGCAGCGGCAACGCUGUGCCCUUCUCAAUCACUUACGAUUCCACCGAGACGGCGACGGGCGUGCUGGGAGUGGAGAACAUCACGCUGGCCAACCUGGGCGUUUCUCAGCAGAUAUUCGGUCUGGUGAACAGCACCAACAUUACGCUGCAAGAGCAGGGAAUCUCUGGAGUGCUGGGAUUGGGAUUCACUAGGAGCAGCGCGAUAGCUAGGAGCUUGUUCAAUGUGACGGAGCAAGUGCAAGGAAAGAGCACGCCGUUGAUGACUUCCUUGAUCACCUCCUCCGACGUGUCAUACCCGCUCUUUUCGCUAGCUCUCAAUCAGAGCGGGGGUCGCUUGACCGUAGGCGCCAUCGAUACUGCCUACUUGCCCGACAAGCAAGCAAGGCUCGAUGUGGCUUGGUACGAUGUGGUGCCUUUCCCAUCCGGAAACAGAGCCGCGCCAGAAACGUCCCUUCCCAACCAAGAAGCUCGAGUACUCGGAUCGUACGCGUACUGGGCCCUGCGGCUCACAGGUGCCGGGGUCAAUGGCACGAGCGUAGAUAUUAGUCCGACGUACAGUCAGGUAGGAACGGACCCCAUCGCUCUGAUCGAUUCGGGCACGCUGGGCAUCGUUGGGCCGUUCGAUGCGGUCGGCAGACUCUUUGACCAGAUAUUUGGGGCUAGAUACGUCGGCGAUGGUCGAUGGAUCGUCCCGUGCGAUACGACUGUCCGCAUGCACUUUAGCUUUGGCCCUCAGCGGAACUUCACACUGCUACCUAGCGACUACCUGAUUGGACCGGCUGUUGGCAAUCCGUACCUUUGCUUGGCUUGGCCAGCUGCCGUUCCUGCUUCACCGGAUGGUGUAGACUGGAUCCUCGGUCAAGCCUUUAUGCGAGCGCAAUACUCUAUCUUUUCGCUAGGCAUCGAGGGGACAGAGCCACCAAAGAUUGGGUUUUACCCUUUCCGGGCCUCACCCUCUGCUGAGAGCUCCUCGCUCUACGCGCCAGAGCCCACAGCCUCCCUCUCCUCUUUUCUCUCAAGCAUCGCAACUCCCAUAGCGACCACCUUGCCAAACUCUAUCGUCCCACUCCUCGCACCCACCUCCACCGCCUCCUACAUCUUCCUCAACGCUACCCAGACCCCUUCGUUGGGUCUCUUGCCGACCUUGGGAGCGGGAUCGAGAAGCUACUCGGCUUUGAUAUCCCAAGUCACGGGAAACGAGGUGCCGGUCAUUGCGAACGAUAGUAGGCAGGUCAUUCCUGCCCCUCCUAAUCCCGCCGCUACAGGCAAAAAGGAUGGCGCAAGCAGAUCGGCCAAAUUGGACUUGCAGCUGCAGCUGCUUUGUGUUGCGGUGGUGCUGAUGACUAGCACCGUGCUGCUACUGCUAGACUGAGCCCGGCGCACCUCACAUGUACACAGCAAGCAUUCAAGCACACGCAUCACAAGCCUCUAGCGCGACUCCGACGUUGUAUUGUUCUGCCUUUCCCCCGCUUCCGCCGCAUCCUCUUCCAGUCUCACGCUCGCUCAUGGACACUAGCACUCGCUAUCUUUUAGCGGGGCAAGGAGACCGCAAAGAAAGCACCGCAUUCUUUGUUUCCCGCCUUGCCACUUCAAUCCUGUAGAAUCAAUCCCGCAAUACCCAUUCAUCUGCUUCGCGUAUUUCGCAAGUCUGGAGCUUGAUGCGGGAUGAGGGAGUCGAAUAUAU